AUUUGAUUUUUGACAGUUAAGCUGUCACCUUUGCUGUAUUCUACCCUUCAGUCCGUAGUUUUUUGUUGCUCUUGGACGAAAAUUGAUUUCGGAAGGAAUUUUUAGAUUCCGUCAUCGAUAAUAGAAAAAAAGGAAGUGAAAAUACCGGUUGGGACACGUUAACGGUUUCGAGAAUUCCAAUUUCCUUCAAGUUACAGAAAAAUGCAUCGAGUAUUACGAGUGCCGUAUGCUAUAAAUAGAACAAUGCAGCAUCAGACUCGCAAACUUAUAAGCAGGAGUGACGGUCGAGCCAUUCAUGUACGACAAGCCGGUUUCGGGAAAGUUGUCUUUAUUUUGACACCAUUUGUGGCGGUAGGAGGCGCAAUAACCUAUGCAAAAUAUGAUACAAAUUUUCGAAAAUAUCUCGAACGAAAUAUUCCAGGUGCUGAGUAUAUAAUUAAAGUGGCUUUACAAGAAGAGAAACCAUUUAAAGUCGUUGGCGAACAAUUUGAUAAUGUUAAAGAUCGCGUCGGUAGCAUUAGCUCGUCGAUAUCGGGAUUUUUUGGUAGUGCCGAAAAAGAAACUAAAACACAACCAGAAAGUGUGAAAAGUAAAUUUUCUGAACCACAAAAAAAAGUGCCUGAUAUGCCGGCAGCGAAAGCAACUAGAGAAACAAAGAGUGCAUUGCCACAAGUCAAACCGGUGGAACCUUUGCCUAGUGAUAUUAUUGAACUGGAGCAUGCUGUGGAGGUAUCUGCUGCUUUAGCUGUUCAAGAGUAUAACAAAGCCAUAGAUAAUCUUAAAAAUUUUAAUAAUGAUGUGCGUCGUAUUGUUGAUCAAUCAAUAGAAAACGUCAAUCCUUCUUUGUGGCAUUCUUUAAGAAAUAAGACGAGUGCUCGCGACACUUAUGUCGCCACUGCUGAAAAUAUGGCUCGAGACGCUUUAAAUAAAAUUGAAAAAUGUGAGAUUGCCUUGGCCAAGGCUGCAAAGCCAGAAAAUCAUGAUCAAAUAAUUGCCGUACGUAAUAAGAUUAAAACCUUGAUCGAUCACAUUAACAGAGUAAAGGACGAGCUUUACAGAAAUAAAGACUUGGCAAAUAUGUCUGAGAAAUAUUGGAAAAAUGUUGAAAAAGCCCGCAAUUAUUUUGUGGAAGAAAUUGAAACAAUAUUUCCCGGCAUCGAUUUGUCUAAACAAAAAUUAAAUUUAACUCCGGAAGAUUUGGAUUUAUUUAUUACUCAUGCCUACUCGCAUGUAUUGGCCUUGCAAAAGGAAUUGCAACGUUUGCAAACUGAUGGUGAAUUGCGUUUAAAACGGGCUAUUGAUUCUAUGCGGGGUGACAAUGAUUCCGACACAGUUAAAGCUCAAUUGGAAUAUAUGUUGGAAUCCGAAAGGCGUAAGCUGGCACUUGAAAAUCAAAAGAAAAUUCUAAAUAUUCGUUCCGACUCCGAGAAGCAGUUGCGCCAGCAGCUGAAAAAACAAGCAGAAGCUCAUAGUGAUCAUCUGCAAGAUGUUGUCAAUAUGAAAGAAAGCGAAUUGAAACGUCAAUAUACGCGGGAACUGGAGGAUAAAAUGGCCACUGAAAAAGCAAAUUACAAAUUACAAUUGGCUGCCAUGUUAGGCAAAAUACGCGGCAUGGAUGCCGCAAUGCAAGAAAUUAAUGAGGAAUUAGAAGCUCGUGCUGAAGGUGAACGAUCAUCGCAUCAAGCUCAAGCUUUAUGGGCAGCUUGUCAGGCUUUGUGGUCUUCGGUUAGAACUGGGGAACCAGGAACCCAUUGGAAAGCUAAAUUACGUCCUUUGCGAAAUGAAAUUAAAGCUAUAAAAAAAGUGGCAGAGGGUGACGAGCUUGUAACUGUUGUUAUACAAAAUCUACCUGUUGAAGCUGCUGAACGUGGUGUCUACCCGGAAGAUGCAUUACGCGAACGCUUCCUUAAUGUAGAACGUAUAGCUCGCAAAGUGGCUUUAAUACCUGAGCAGGGUGCGAGUUUACCAAAAUACUUUCUCUCUUAUCUGCAAUCGCUUUUCAUACUUAAGCCUUCAGAUCCCAUUUCAAAAGCAGAAUUGCAAAACGCAAAAUUCGAUUAUAGUAAAUUGGACGUUUACGAAAUAUUGAAUAGAGCUCGGUAUUUUAUUGAUCACGGCGAUCUUAUGAUGGCCUUGAAAUAUAUGAAUUUAUUGCAGGGCGCCCCACGUAAAAUUGCUAGCGAUUGGUUGAAGGAAACGCGUCUACUGUUGGAAACUCAACAAGCUGCCAACACUUUAAUGGCUCAUGCUGCUGCCAGUGGACUCUUAUAUCUGUAAUUAGUUUCAGUUCCUUCCUUCUCUAUUUUCUAUUUAAAUUUUACUGGGAAAUAGUUACGUUGAAGUUUAAAAAUUGGAUUAUUUCAAAGUUGUAAAUUUUUUUUAAAAAUUUUAGUUUUUCGUAUUUUUGUUCGGCUAAUUAAAUAAUUGUAAACAUUAAAAUUUUAUAAUUUGUCAUUAAAAUCUGUUUUACGCGUUUAAUUUUCCUUGCUCCUUACCAACUGAAAAAGAAUGCAAAUGCUCCUUUUAAGUAUAAUUUACUCUAAUUCUAUAAAUAAA